AUGAAGGCCUUCGAGUCGUUGCGGUCCUUCCAGCAGCAGCAGGGUCCGACUGCCAUCCCCGAGGAGCCGCUCCAGAGACCAAAGAAAGAACUUUCAACCACCAAGAAAGAUCGGGUGAAUCAUUGCCUAACAAUAUGUGAAAACAUAGUUGCUCAGUCUUUAAGAAAUUCUCCAGAAUUUCAGAAACUGCUGGGGAUUGCCAUGGAACUCUUCCUACUCUGCAGUGAGGAUGCGGAAUCUGAUGUCCGGAUGGUUGCUGAUGAAUGCCUUAAUAAAGUUAUCAAAGCUUUGAUGGAUUCCAAUCUUCCUAGGUUACAGUUAGAACUGUACAAAGAGAUUAAAAAGAACGGUGCUUCCAGAAGUCUACGUGCUGCCCUCUGGAGAUUUGCUGAGCUUGCCCAUCUAGUUCGGCCUCAAAAGUGCAGGCCGUACUUAGUGAACCUUUUGCCCUGUUUAACACGAAUAAGUAAGAGACCCGAAGAAUCAGUACAAGAGACGCUAGCUGCGGCAAUACCAAAAAUCAUGGCAGCGUUUGGCAAUUUUGCAAACGACAAUGAGAUUAAGGUUUUAUUGAAGGCUUUCAUAGCUAAUCUUAAAUCCAGUUCCCCUACUAUCCGUCGGACAGCAGCAGGAUCAGCAGUAAGCAUCUGUCAACACUCGCGAAGAAUGCAGUAUUUUUAUGCCUGGUUAUUGAAUGUACUUUUAGGGUUGUUGGUUCCUGUAGAAGAUGAUCGUCCUACUCUCUUAAUUCUGGGUGUUUUACUUACACUAAGGUAUCUCAUACCUUUAUUGCAACAACAAGUAAAGGAUACCAGCCUGAAAGGCAGUUUUGGUGUAACAAGAAAAGAAACAGAGAUUUCGCCUUCACCAGAACAACUUAUACAGGUUUAUGAAUUGACUCUGCAUUACACCCAGCAUCAGGACCAUAAUGUUGUGACUGGAGCUUUAGAAUUAUUACAACAGCUUUUUAGAACGCCACCGCCUGAGCUUCUCCAUGCCCUGACCGCUUCAGGGGGCAUUGCACAGGUCAGUGUAUCCAGAGAUGAAUCUGCCAGCAGGAGCCGCAGUGGGAGCAUAGCGGAACUUAUAGGUAAAAUACUUCUUGGUGAAGAAGAAGGUUUAGAGGAUGAUUCUGAAACCCGAUCAGAUGUCAGCGCUGCAUCGUUUGCAGCUUCUGUGAAGGGCGAGAUAACCAGUGAACUAGCUUCUUCAUCAGGUGUGUCAACAGCUGGGUCAGUAGGGAGUUCAGCUGCUGAUCCUACUGGACAUGAUAUCAUUACUGAGCAGCCACGUUCUCAACAUACGUUGCAGUCAGACUCUGUAGACCUGACAAGCUGUGAUUUGGCAAGUACAGCUACUGAAGGGGAAGAAGACGAUGUGCUCAGUCGAAGUUCCAGCCAGAUCAGUGCUGUCCAGUCAGACCCUGCUAUGGACUUGAAUGAUGGUACACAGGCUUCCUCACCAAUUAGUGAUAGCUCUCAAACUACUACAGAAGGCCCAGACUCUGCUGUAACCCCUUCGGACAGUUCUGAAAUUGUUUUGGAGGGUACCGAAGGACAGUAUUCUGGAAUGCAAAUUGGGCAGCUGCAGGAUGAGGAGGAUGAGGCUGCAAAUAUUCUCCAAGAUGAUUCAUCAGAGUCUUUUAGAAAUUCUUCUGUUGCUCUUCAGCAGCCUCACCUGUUGAAAACCAUGAGCCAUAGCAGGCAGCCUUCUGAUAGCAGCGUAGAUAGAUUUGCAUCAAAAGAAGAUGCAGCAGAUCCUGGUGAUCAUGAAAAUAAGCCCUCCAGGGUAAAGGGAGACAUAGGUCACUAUACCGAUGGAAAUUCUGCUCCUUUAGUGCACUGUGUUCGACUUCUGUCAGCCUCUUUUCUGCUUACUGGAGAGAAAGGAGCUUUAGUUCCUGAUAGAGAAGUGAGAGUCAGUGUAAAAGCCCUGGCAGUGAGUUGUGUUGGAGCAGCUGUUGCGCUUCACCCAGAGUCUUUCUUCAGCAAACUGUACAAAACACCCCUUGAAGCAAUGGGAGAAGAGUAUGAGGAGCAGUAUGUAUCAGAUGUUCUGAACUACAUUGACCAUGGAGAUCCCCAGAUUAGAGGAGCUACUGCUAUUCUGUGUGGAACAAUUGUCAACUCCAUUCUAAUUAAGUCCCGCUUUGAUGUGGAAAAAUGGCUAAUAAAUGUCAGAAGCUCAACAGGAAAUCUCUUUUCGUUGGUAGAUUGCAUACCUCUGUUACAGAAAACGCUGAAAGAUGAGUCCUCUGUUACAUGCAAACUGGCUUGUACAGCUGUGAGGCAUUGCAUCAUGAGCUUAUGUAGUAGCAGUUACAGUGAAUUAGGUUUACAAUUAAUUGUUGACCUCCUUACGCUGAAGAAUAGCUCAUAUUGGCUGGUAAGAACGGAACUUCUGGAAACACUUGCAGAGGUAGAUUUUCGGCUAGUCAGCUUCUUGGAAGGAAGAACUGAGAGCUUGCACAGAGGUAUUCAUCAUUAUACUGGUCUACUGAAACUUCAGGAGAGAGUACUUAAUAAUGUUGUAAUAUGUCUGCUUGGAGAUGAAGAUCCAAGAGUAAGACAUGUAGCUGCAGCUUCAUUAAUGAGGCUUGUUCCAAAGCUAUUUUAUAACUGCGAUCAAGGACAGGCUGAUCCAGUUGUGGCAGCGGCAAGAGACCAAAGCAGUGUCUACCUGAAACUACUAAUGCAUGAAACACAGCCUCCAUCUCACUUUGCAGUGAGCACUAUCACCAGAACAUAUAGAGGUUACAAUAUGCUGCAAAGUCCAACAGAUGUCACUAUGGAAAACAAUCUCUCAAGGGUUAUUGCAGCAGUUUCCCAUGCAUUGACAAUAUCCACUACAAGAGCACUUACGGAGGAGCUGGAGCUCUGUGCCCAGUCAGAAAGUUACGAUAUCAUGGGAAUAACUGAAACAUGGUGGGACAAAUCACUUGACCGGAGGAUCGUGGUGGAUGGCUAUAGGGUGUUUUGUAAAGACAGGCACGGAAGAAGAGCUGAAGGAAUCAUGCUCUAUCUUAAGGAGCAUCUUGAAGUCAGCUAUGACAAUUGUGGAAGCCCUGUUUCAAUGCCUAUGGGUCAAGGAGACGACAGCGCUGACAAGGCAGAGGUUCUCAAUGCUUUCUUCAGCUCUGUCUUUAUCACCAGUGUUGGGCCCCAGGCCUUGGGAACAAAAGUCCAGGUGGAUGCGAACACAGACGCACUGUCAGUGAAGGAAGAGUUG